AUUAUUUACUAGUUUAAGUGACAAAUCAUGACAUUAAAGCUACCCAGUGUACGUCCUGACCUGUGAAUCAGUUUCACGUCACAGCUGAAUAGUGAGCGCUGAUGCUGGCGUCAUACCUUUGGCCUCACGCCUCUGGUAAUCCUAGCAGGACAGGUCAUAACUCAGCCAAAUAAAAAAAGACUGUUGUGUUCUACAACAAGAAAGCAACAAUUAUGUUAAUGAGUAGAAAUCAUUGCUGUAGUACUUAAAAGACAUUUUGCGAUAAAUUUAUAAAACCUUUCUGUAAUUCUUACAUUAUGCUUGUCAGCAGGUACAAUGUAACUAUUUAAUUACAUACAUGUGAGUAAACAUCCACUCAAGAGCUUAAGUUGCAGAUGACAAAAUGCAUGAAGGCGCAUUUGUGAAUGGGAUGGCUUGGACACAGGUAGUAAUAACUCAUAAUGAGCUGUGCUGAAGUCUUACCUUUAGCCUCUUUAAUAAGCCUGAGUGUCUCUAAAGGAGACUAUGUUCACAUGGGAUAGGGAUAAUCCUUUUAGACACUGCUUUACCAGGAAUAAGUCAGUCAGUGUUUCCUCCCUCAGACUGGAUGAGCUCCUCAGAGUUAAACAGGACCCACAUUUCUUCAGGUUCACCCGUUCUCCUCUGCCGUGGAUCUCGAGAGAUACAUACUAACAUUUUUCACUCAUCAAGAGAUUCAGAUAUCUGCUGCCAGAGACAGGGGUGGGGGGGAUUUGCUGGGAUACAGACUGAGCCUGAAUCAGGAUGGAAUGUCUGCAGAAGUUAUUAGAAAGUAUAGUGUCUCUGAAAGUCAGGGCGUACGUGAAGGACUACUGCAAGAGGAAUGGUCUGCUGACACUCUCGGUCUUUGCGGUAGUGACCGGCUGUGUGCUUGGAUUUAUACUCCGGUCAUUCAACCUCUCCACACAGGCCAAAAUCUACUUCUCCUUCCCUGGAGAACUGCUGAUGAGGAUGUUGAAGAUGUUGAUUCUGCCACUUAUCACCUCCAGUCUUAUGUCUGGCCUGUCAGCCAUGGACACCAAGGCAAGUGGUCGUCUGGGAGUCCUGACUAUCACUUAUUACCUGUGGACGACCUUCAUCGCUGUCAUCGUUGGUAUCGUGCUGGUUAUCAUCGUUCACCCAGGGACCGGCUCUGAAAAAGACAGUCACCAUUCACAUUCAGGGCCUGUUAUGACCUCUGCUGAUGCUCUGCUGGACCUCAUCAGGAACAUGAUCCCAUCAAACCUGAUUGAAGCAACUUUUCAGCAGUACCGGACAGAUUUGGUACCCAUUGUACAGAAUAAUGAAGCAAAAGUGUCUCAGGCCAACUAUGUAUACGUCAUGCCCGAUUACCACAACCCUCGCCUGGGUCAUCCAGUCUUCCUGGAGAUCACCCCUGCACCUGACAUCAAGUAUAAGAUUGUCCCAAGUACAAGCAAAGGCAUGAAUGUACUGGGGAUUGUCAUCUUCUCAGCUACAAUGGGUCUGCUGCUGGGGAAAAUGGGGGAACGCGGCACACCACUUGUCAAUGUGUGCCAGUGCAUCAACGAGUGUGUCAUGAAGAUCAUCAAUGCUGCUAUGUGGUAUUUUCCCUUCGGCAUUGUGUUCCUGGUGGCAGGAAAGAUCCUGGACAUGCACGACCCAGCACAUCUGGGGGAGAAGCUGGGCAUGUACUUCAUCACUGUCCUGUGUGGUCUCUUAGUGCAUGGCCUCAUCCUGCUGCCUCUCUUUUAUUUCUUCUUUACCCGCAAAAAUCCAUUCACCUUUAUCAGAGGGCUGCUGCAGGCUCUUGUCAUUGCACUGGCUACAUCUUCCAGCUCAGCCACGCUGCCAAUCACUAUGAAGUGUCUCCUGGAGAACUGUGGAGUUGACCGGCAAAUUGCUCGAUUUGUGCUUCCAGUGGGAGCCACUAUCAACAUGGAUGGAACAGCCCUGUAUGAAGCAGUGGCAGCCAUCUUCAUAGCUCAAGUCAAUGAGUAUGACUUGGACUUUGGCCAGCUGGUCACUAUCAGUAUAACAGCAACCGCAGCCAGCAUUGGAGCAGCUGGGAUACCUCAAGCGGGUUUGGUUACAAUGGUGAUUGUCCUGACCUCUGUGGGUUUACCACCUGCUGACAUCUCCUUGAUCGUAGCCAUUGACUGGGUGCUUGAUCGAUUCAGGACAAUGAUCAAUGUUCUGGGUGAUGCCUUAGCUGCUGGGAUUAUGGCUCAUAUAUGCAAGAAGGACUUUGAUAAAUCAGCAACCGCUGCUUCUGCUGCUGUACCUGCUGUUGCCAAUAAAGAACGGAGAGACACAGUAAUCUCCUUUGGCAAUCAGAGCGUGGCACUGUCUGAUGCUCCGCUGAUCACACAUCGCUGCGAUUAUGUGUUUGAAGUGGAUGGAGACAACGUGCUGGAGAAACCCGUGCCCUGCUACAACCUCUGUCAAGUCUGAGACAUUUUUACACGAUGCCUUCUACAGCACGUAGAUGCACCUACAAAGGCACUUACCGAGGCUCUAAAAGUUCACUCAAAGCCUGUGCCAUGCAGAAACCUGUACUACUUGAUAUAAUGUACAAAACAGCAUGUCUCUACUCAGCUUUGCAUGUAGAGAGAUGUGAGGAGAUGCAUUUUAUUAAAUCUUGUUCAUGUCUGACAUGAACAUGCGUUACGAUGACAUCCAUUGGAUGGAGAUCAGUGUUUAUCAGUUCCAGGGGGACAAUUAAACAUCCACAGUAGACCCGUCAUAAUGAAACAUGAUUGCAGUUUUAACUUAAGUCUAGGUUUUGAAAUGCCUUAACGUUGCCUCAUUUUUGACAAUAAUGCUGAGACCUUGAAAGACUUGAAUGUUAUAAGGAGCUAAUAGACAAAGAGCAACAGAACAGGGGCUUUCUCUCUGUCAGAUAAGGUGUUUAUGCAUAAAUAUUAAAGCAACAUUAAGAAAUAUACUAACAUAUCCCUAGCAAAUGGAAAUUAUAGCAUCAUUUGUGUUUUUAUACCACUGCUUUUAAUUUUGUGUUCAUUUCUAAUAAAAACCUGCUACAUACCAGUGCUGUGAGAGUAUUUAUUUUAAUAAUUAACCUCAGAGACUAUUAAGCUUCAGAUCAGUAUAUGCAGUGCUCAGGAUACAUGCUGGAUUAUACUUGGCAAGGUAAAAAGAAAGUAUAGCAUCUGUCAGUUAUAAGGUUUUUACAUAAUCUGGUCCUUCAGGAGAUCUUAAAAUUCCUUGAAUACAACCUCUGAUGAACAACAACAUGGCAUAUUACAGUGUUAUUAAACAAAAAUUAAACCAAAACGCAGAAGCAGUGUGUGAAAAACUAAGUGCACCCAGUAAUUCAACAGCUUGCAAAACCACCUUAAGCAGCAAUGACUUAAAAGCAGCAAUUUAAAAAAAUGGUGUUAUGUAUGAAUUUAUGUGCUCAACUUUCCUUUUUUCCCCAUUUUUCCUAUGAGAAAUAAAUUCAGUAAACUUGAAAUUUAGCUGGAUUUUUAUAGAAUAUUUCAUGCAAGAAAGUUGACAAGCACAAAAUGAUUGAUCAAAGCUGUCAUAAUAUUUAGGGCAAGAUUUAGUAAGUUUCUGGAAAACCUCUCGUCUACAAAAAGACCCAUUGUUAGUUUUGUGACUGCAAGCCCUCUCUGGGGUAAUUAGCAUGAUCAUGCAUUGGAAGAAAUACACCAAUGGAAAUGGAAGGUUCUUUGAAUGAUCCAACAGUGCACUGAUUUAUGUACAAAGAUGCAGUCACUUAAUUAAAAAAAAAAAAUUACUGGUACAGGGCAGCAAAAAUUAGUGGCUCGGGAGCACAACUUAGGUCUUAAAAAUAAAAAAGUAUAAUCACAGGUUUUACACAAGAGUCAGGGACUAAUCCCACACUCUAAACACGUUAACAGUUGUAUUUUGACACACAUCCCCACAUUGACGGGCAGCAACAAUUGCUUCUAAGACCAUUAUGAGAUCAUUGCUGAGGUCUUUCCUCUUUGGCAACAUGAAUACCCCAAGACCAGCAAUUUGCCAAAACUUUGUAUAGAGCUGCUUACUGUCUUAGUUCCUGUGGAAGCAGUAAGGAUGUGCUUUAAAUUUUCCACACACACCAUUUCAGCAUUUUGGUUUAAUUUUUAUUAUUUAAAUAACAAACAAACAAGGACAAUGCUUUACGUUUUGGUAAUCUAAUUCAAAACGGACCAUAUCUAUCCAAACCAAAAGCAAACUAAGGCCUGGGGAGUAAAAACGUAAAAUAAAACCACUAUUUCUGGCAUUCUUCUAGCUGUUUGUUGUUCAGGAUGAGCCCAUGCAUUGUCUUGUAUGCUGGUCAUCCUGUACCAUAUUUCACUGCCAAGAAAAGUUUUCACUUCUAGUUUUCAAACAUCAUCACAAGAAGUGUGAGUUCUUCUGAAAAGGAUGCAAGUCUCAAAACAGACAAAGAAAAAGAAAAAAAGGAGGUGCUGCUUGAAAUGACAAAAUUUGCUACAACUUAGCUAUUUAAGUAUCUGAAUAAAAGAGUUUUUAGCAUUCCAAAGUCACUCAAAACAGAAUAGCCAGACUGUUUUCAAUUUUCUCUUUCCUUUCUAAGCAAUUUUGAAGAAGCUGUUUGUUUUGGGUUUUUUUUUUGGUUUUUUUUUUAAAUAUAUUGUAUAAGACGUCUGAAAUUGUAUAUUCAUAUUCUACUUCAGAAAAGCCCAUUUUUGGCCUUAAUUUUAAAGUUGAAGGAAAACUGAAACAAAGAGCUGCAGAAAAAAUAAGCUUCAGGAUUGACUCUGCUCACUGUCCCCACCAUCUGGUUGCAGAAGGUUCCAACUCCGAUCUACAUGUCAAGUCUACUAUUAAAUCACAUCUCCAUAUUACCAAGAAUAUGUGCAACAAUACUGUCCUAUCACAGCAACACUAACUUCAGUAACAUGUACAUAAAAGUGCAAGUGCACAUCUACUCAUUUUUUCAAGAGAAUCACGUUGAUUAAAUCCACAACAAGCUUCUAAAUACACAUUUAAUUUUUCUUCAAUUUUUUUUUUAAAAGCCACCAUGUUUUUAUUGAAAUGUUAGAAGACAUUUAACGGACUUCAGCUUAGUGUCAAAAGUGUUCAAAACCAAGAAAACAAAACAAUCCAUUAAAAACACUGCAAUAAGUAUCAAGUAUGACCACAAACACUGUCAAAUAAAUAAAUGCGCCUCCUCUGAUGUAAAAUACACUAUUUCCUCUUAUAGAUUAAGGCGGAAUGCAGUUUAUUUUGACUGCCCCUUAAACUCACUUGCACCUUUCAUGCAAAUCGAACUAGACUGCCGACAUAACUACACAGUAACGUCAAUAGAAAAUUAUAUAUAUAUAUAUAAAAAAAACCCCAAAAAGACAGUCGAUGACUAUAACAAAUGUCUAUUACCUGCACUGAGCAAGUCAUGAAAUAUUGCACAAAGUUAAGGAUCCUGACACAAUAAUAACAUGGAGAUACUAAAUCAAGAUGCACAAUAAGACCAAAGUCUGAAGCUCACAAUGUGAGCACUCCUUUAUGAUGGGCCAGACAAUUUUAACUAUAUUCUCAAGUGUCAGCCGAAUUAUUGCUGGGGAGGAAGAAAAAAAAAAAAUUAAAACUGAAUCCGAAAAAUAGUGAACAAAUUUUGUAGCCAAGUAUUUUCUUAGAAAUACAUCUCCAAGUGUUAUCCUUUUCAUCUCCUGCUGAGCUUGAAUCAGAACAACUGCAGCACUGAUGCUAACGGCAUUUUUAAAGAAACAUACACUAAGCUGGACAUAAUUCUUUUCUAACUGGGUGAGUCUUUUACUAAUAGGUGAACAAAGCCAUGUGGUAAAAAGUAAUCUCCAUUAAAGAUCAAAGCAGUGCGUUUGGUUUUAAAAGCCUAAAUCUUUGACACUUUAGUUAAAAUAUGGAAACUAGCUUGUGUACAAUCACUAGUUUCAUUAGAUACCUACACUGACAAGUGGACAGUUUAGUGUGAAUGCAAGACUAACAGCCAGGUAUUAAAAGCAGCUUCAUACAGCCAGAUGUCUACUGAUGAUACUGAAAUCUGAUUAACUAAAGGCAGCAAAACUAUCAGCAGUGCCAACAGACUGAUUCAGUUUGCUGCUCUUUUGCAGUUGAACUUGUGUCAUGUUUCAAAAAUGAUUGUGGAAAACAUCUAACAGAUGCUUACUUGCCUUAAAAUAUCUGUUUUGUUUAAGUAGCAUCAAAUCCUCUCAACCUACAUUGGUCCAUAAGUUGUUAACAUCUCAAAAGUGUAAAAGCUUCCAGUGAAGAAACUUUUGCUUGACGAGCAAAGUGUUAGGAGCGCUCUAAAUUUGCUACAGAGAGAAAUAAAACAAAACUGAAAAAAAUCUAAAAGGGUAAAUUAAAAAAAACAAACAAACCAAACAAAACUUGCAGCAAAACAAAAUAAAAUUUAAUGGUUUAUGUUCAAAGGGAAACAAGCAAAACAAAAGAAAAGAAAAUUAAAUCUAAACUGAAAUCCAUAACAAAGGCCAUUCGAGAUAAGCACUCGUUAAAACAAGUUUGUAACUUAAUACGGUAACAAAACUGUAUGAAUCUACAAAGAAAUAUGAUCAAAAGAAAAGAAAAGAAAAAAGAAAAAUUAACUCAAAAGUAAAAGAAAAAAAACGAAAACCAACAGAUCAGCAAACAGCUAGUAGCGUCGCUCUCAGUAAGAAUCAGUAUUAUGUGUAUAUAAUUAGUACCUCAACAAAAGAACAAAAGAAAAAAAA